UCACAAGUCAGUAGUGACCCCAAAGUCACCAUGGCUGCCCUGGGCAUCACAGUUGCCCUGUUGGUGUGGAUGGCCACCCUAAUGCUUAUCUCUGUCUGGAAGCAGAUCUACAGCAGCUGGAAACUACCCCCUGGCCCUUUCCCACUGCCCAUUAUUGGGAAUCUUCUCCAGUUGGAUUUCAAGAAUGUUCCCAAAUCUUUAACCAAGUUGGCAGAGCAGUACGGGCCUGUGUUCACCUUGUACCUGGGCUCCCAGCGCACCGUGGUUCUGCAUGGCUAUAAGGCAGUGAAGGAAGUCCUGCUCGACUACAAGAAUGAAUUUUCUGGCAGAGGAGAAAUCUAUGCCUUUGCGGCACACAAGGAAAAAGGAAUUACGUUCAACAAUGGGCCGAGCUGGAAGGACACCCGGCGCCUGUCUCUGAGCAUCCUCCGGGACUAUGGCAUGGGGAAGCUUGCCAAUGAGGAGCGGAUCCAGAGGGAGGUGCCCUUCCUGACGGAGGCAUUCCGGAAGACCCAGGGACAGCCCUUCGACCCCACCUUUGUUCUGGGCUACGCCCCCUGCAACGUCAUCUCGGACAUCCUCUUCCACAAGCGCUUUGACUACACGGACCAAACCGGGCUGAGGAUACAGAAGCUGUUCAACGAGAACUUCCACCUGCUCAGCACCAGCUGGCUCCAAUUAUAUAACAUUUUCCCAAGCUAUAUGCGCUACCUGCCUGGAAACCAUAGAAAAGUAAUAAAAAAUGUGUAUGAAAUAAAAAGUUAUACUGCAGCAAGAGUGAAGGAGCACGAGGAGUCGCUGGACCCCAACUGCCCCCGGGACUUCACCGACAGCCUGCUCCUGGGGAUGCGGAAGGAAAGAUACACCAAAGAGCCUUGGUUCACCUUUGACAACAUUGCUGCCACCGUAGCUGACCUGUUUUUUGCGGGUACAGAGACCACCAGCACCACUCUGAGAUAUGGGCUCCUGAUUCUCAUGAAAUACCCAGAGAUCGAAGAGAAACUGCAUGAAGAAAUCGACAGGGUGAUUGGGCCAAGCCGAAUCCCUGCCAUCAAGGACCGGUUAGAGAUGCCUUAUAUGGAUGCCGUGGUGCAUGAGAUUCAGCGAUUCAUCGACCUCUUGCCCUCCAACCUGCCCCAUGAAGCAAUCCAGGACACAAUGUUCAGAGGAUACGUCAUCCCCAAGGGUACAGUCGUGGUCCCAACGCUGGACUCCCUCUUGUUUGACAACCAAGAGUUCCCUGAUCCAGAGAAGUUUAUGCCAGAGCACUUUCUGAAUGAAAGUGGAAAGUUCAAAUAUAGUGAUUAUUUCAAGGUAUUUUCUGCAGGAAAGCGGGUGUGUGUUGGAGAAGGCCUGGCUCGCAUGGAGUUGUUCCUGUUCUUGUCCGCCAUUUUGCAGCACUUUAACCUGAAGCCUCUCGUUGACCCCAAGGAUAUCGAUCUCAGUCCCAGCACAAUUGGGUUUGCCAAAAUCCCACCCCGUUACAAGCUCUGUGUCAUUCCCCGUUCGGGUGUGUGAGGCACACAUGCCCUGAAGACCCCUGUCCUAGGCUCUUUGAUGCAAGCCUGGAGUCUUCCUGCUCUCCCAAAUCCCCUUGGAUGCCUCCAGGAGGACUCUCCCCACACGGUCUCAUCAAGGGCAGUCAGGGCUUCACGGGGAAUAAAUUGGCUCAGAGAUGCCGCUUUCCAGAGUCACAUUCAUCAGACAGAAUUUGACAGCCAAGUCCAAAACAGAUCGUGUAAGACUAAUUAAACAAAUUGAAACAAU